UCACCUUUUCAUUUUCCUUCCUCUUUGUUUCUCUCUGUUUUCUCUUGCUUUUAUACUCUGACUUUCUUCAUUUUAUUGGAACUUUCUUUGAGCUCUCUCCACCUGUCUGCCUCUCACUGGGUCCAGUAUGAGCUGGCUUAGCAGGUUAAACCCACGGGGACCGGGGAGUCGGUCCGGUCGGAGCGCUGCCCCGUCCAGCCCCUGCACUGCUGACCCCGAGACCUGCCUCAUGGUGUUUGAGAACCACUGGAGACAGGUUUCUUGGGUUUUGGAGCACAACGAGCCUUCGUCUUCCAGCGAUGACCUGACGGCAGUGAGGAAUCACACCGACCAGAUGUUGUGUCUCCUAGCAGAGGAGCGUCCCGCUGAAAGCUCUGAAGGCAGCGUGCCACCAAUGGGCCCCAUCCUGGAGCUGGUAGUCACUGAGAACAUCCUGGAGUGCCUGGUUCAGUGGCAUCUCCGCCGCGGUCUGGAUCCGGACAGCCAGGGGGAGCUGCUAAAGCUGUUUGAGAUGCUCAUCGGCCAGUCCCAGCAGCCUUUACUGCAGCACACAGCUGUUCUCCAUCCACUGCUGAGGCUGCUGGGAGUUUGUGCUGAUCCAGAGCUUGGUUGUCCUUCAGGCCUGGAGAACAGUCUGGUGCUUCUGCUCAAUCAGGUCUGUGUGUCCAUGGCCAGGCAGCCUGUGGUUCUAGAAAUGUUGUUCAGGGUGGCUCCAGCUCAGCAGGGCUCCACCAACCUGCUUAUCUUUUCCCUCCUUGUGCCAUUCAUCCACCGAGACGGGGCCAUCGGACAGCAGGCCCGAGAUGCGCUGCUGCUCGUCAUGGCCACCUCGGCCAGCAACGAGGCCGUGGCCCGUUACAUCUCAGAGAACUCCUACUUCUGCCCGGUGCUGGCGACGGGCCUCAGCGCUCUCUACUCCUCCCUUCCAAGGAAGAUUGAAGUUCGGGGGGAUGAUUGGCAUGCCUUGCGGCGAGAAGACUGGAUGGGUGUGUCAUCACUUGUGCUGUUCAUGAACUCUCUUGAGUUCUGCAACGCUGUGGUGCAAGUCGCUCAUCCCCUGGUUCGCUCGCAGCUCCUGGACUACCUCCACAACGGCUUCCUUGUUCCGGUCAUGGGCCCUGCACUGCACAAGUCCUCUGUAGACGAGAUGAUUGCCAGCACGGCCUAUCUGGACCUCUUCCUGCGCAGCGUGUCAGACACUUCCCUCCUCAAAACCUUCCUGCGCUUCAUCCUGCUGCAUCGCCACGACAACGAUACCAUCCUGGACACACUGCUCACUCGCAUCAGCAGCAACUCAAGGCUCUGUAUGGUAUCACUAAGCCUCUUCAGGACGCUUCUCUCCCUGAACUGUGAAGACAUCAUGCUGCAGCUCAUUCUCAGGUAUCUACUGCCCUGCACCCAUGUAAUGCUGAGUCAGCGUCGAGCUAUCAGGGACACGGACAUCUACGGAAAAUCAGCAGAUAAGUUUCUGUCUCUGAUCCCAGAGUGCUGCCGGUUCAGCACGCCGCCCUCUGCUGAGCGGGAUGAGGAUAAUCCGUUCUGGGGCAAAGUACUGAACAGUCCCAAUGCAGACUCUCCAGCCCCUCCCAGACCCAGCACCCCAUCCCGCUUAGCCUUCUUCAUCCGCCAACAGAGCAUUGGAGGUGGAUUAGGAGGAGGGGGUUCCUCUUCGCCCACCAGCAUGGAGGCAGUGCAGACUCCUUCAGGCUCCCACCCUCUCUCUCCUGACAGCCCGAUGCCCCCUCAGCACCUUCAUACAGAUUGUCUAGACUGGGAUUCAGGCUACCUGGAGUACCUCAAAGACGCCCGGCGGGGCAUCGAGCAUUGCUCCUGGGCUUGUCGUGACUGGUCGGCACCCUAUGAUGGAGAAAACCCUUCCCCAAACACAGUCCCUCCACCCCCACUUCCCCCCACUUCCAACCCUUCAAUGGCCAUGUUCCCUGAGCACUUCUCUCUCCAGCAGGGAGGGAGCAGUAACACCCCCCCAGGCCAGCAGAGGGCGGCCAUUGUGGCAGCAGCACGAUCUGAGUGGAGCAGCUCAGAGCGGGACAGUGGGGAGUGGGACGUCACAAUUGGCAAAAACAACUGCAUCAGCCUCACACCACGCUCCAAGAAACGCAGCCUGCAGAGAGAGGAGCUCCUGCCAAAGCCUCGCCUCGUCCCCGCCUCCUCGUCUUCUGCUCCUUUAUCAACCUCACAUCCCACCUCGUCCCCUGCUCCUCACAUUCCAACAUCUGCCAUCACUGUUAGCUACCAGGCCAUGUAUAACGGGACGAUGGGGUCGAGCGACGGCUGCUCAGACAAUCAGGACAGAGGACUGGAGGUAAAGAAAGUGAAAAGAGACUUAGGGGAGCAGCAGUAUUUGGACGAAAAUGCAAAUCAAAACGGAUCACUCGUCUCCUGUCCCUCCCAAAGCUGCUCCGCUCUCACUCAGUCCAUUUUUAGCAACAAUGACAUAAGUGAUGCUAAAUCUCCUCACGCUAAACAGAUCGCUUCUCAGAUCUCCGUCACUCAGCAACCGUCUGACACCAAACUGCCAACCAGCGACACCUCAAACCCACACAGUGCAUCCUCAGAUCUUCCAGAAGCCAACCAGACACAACAAUCUGUAGAGAGUUUAAUCCAGGAGCUGCUGGAGCAGGCACCCGGAGAACCACAGCUGCCCGGAGACUCCAACGGUCAGGGCAUAAGCAUCGAGGCCUUCACCCAGGAGCUUAGUGAGCUGGAGGACCGUGUGAAGGAGCGCAGCAGGGCAGCCUGCCAGCAGGAAGAAUCUGCCAGAGAGUUGCUGUCUGCUGAGCGGCAGGAGGAGGACCAAGAGCUGUCCACAGGGCUGGCAGGAGACGUGAAGGGUGAAGGAGCUGCCGUGGGGCUCUGCAGUCCUGCCAGACCUCUAAAUCAGCCUGCCUCUCAGCCGUACACAGGUCCGUUCAUAAUGGUUCUGUUUUCCAAGCUGGAGAACAUGCUCCAAAACUCGCUGUACGUCAACAUCCUGCUGACGGGCAUCGUGGCUCAACUGGCGUGCUAUCCUCAGCCCCUCCUACGGUCCUUCCUGCUCAACACCAACAUGGUCUUCCAGCCCAGUGUCAAGUCACUGAUCCAGGUCCUUGGUUCUGUGAAGAACCGUAUCGAGGCAUUUGCUGCCUCCCACGAGGACUUCCCCGCCAUGCUGAAGAAAGCCCAGCAGUACCUGGUGGCCCGGGGCAAAGUGGACUGGUCAGACUUGCCUGCAGGAGUUCCAACCCUGCGGCGCUCUGAUUCACUUGUGAAAAGUCGUAAGCCAUCCUUGGGAGACCUGAUCCUCCGUCACACCAACAGCCCAACACGGGCUCGACAUGCCGCUCAGCUUGCCCUCGCACACGUCCGGGAUGGUGGCCAGUCACUGCACAGCGCUCUCUUCAGAGGCGGCGGAAGCGGAGGAGCAUCUCUGGAGAAGCAGGCCGAGGCUCUGCGAGUGAAAAAUGCCGUCUACUGUGCAGUCAUCUUCUGCGAAUUCCUGAAGGAGCUGGCUGCCCUGGCUCAAGAGCACGCCGUUAGUCUGCCUUUCCCUCAGAGCCAGGAGGCCGAGGAAUAGACGGUAAAAACCUUAAGUCAGAUUAUAUAAAGAGUUCUUUAGGAUUGUCCCGUCACAAGAGGACAGACGGGAGCACUGAGACUUUUCUGUCACUGUAAUGACGCAAACAACGAGGAAAACAGGCAUUUUUGUACCAAAACCAUAAAAGGAUACCUAUAAGACUGGAAGAGUUUUCCUCACUUGUAAACUUAAAGGAUAUUGUGCAUAUCAUGUAUUAUAUUUCCAUUGUAUACACAGAAAAUCUCAGUAAAUGUUUGAGAUGUGGGAGCUUGUACAUACACGUACCAUGUCAUGGUUUAAAGUGACAGUGAAGCCACAGGUUAUAGAAAUAGGUGCACAAAUUGGUGCUAGUUGACACUCUUUAUCUUUUAUUUGAAAGGCAGCACAGAGGAGAAGAAAGUCUGUCCUCAGAAUUAUGACACCAAAAAUUGUUUUUGCAGGAAAUCAUUGAAAGCUUCGGCCAUUUUCAAUCCAACGAGAUUUCACCGCAGCUUUCCUCUUUCAAGGACCGGCAAAAUACAAAGCCCACAGAAAAUGUGUCCUUUUUUAUUUUGGAAAGGCUGCACUGCUGCAAAAACCUCCAUUAUUAGACAAAAACUGGAUCAAAAGUGAGUUAGUGCCACCUUUUAUUUUUGCAGAUUAGCACGGCCAACACGAAAUACUGGAAAUCCUUAUCAUUGAUGCCAUUUUUAAUCUUUCCUUAUUAAUGUGUUUUUCUUUUGCAUUUGCACCGUUUUGAGACAUAUCAGCAACAUGUGGGAGCCGGUGUGUGUGUGUGUGUGUGUGUGAGUUUAUUUCAGUGAAUGGCACCGAGGUGACGCCAGCUCUCCAGGCCAGCAGUAAGCCACCUGUUGCUUCAAAAGAAGCAGCGGGGUUUGAAAAGGCAGCACUGCUUUUACUUUUCAGACCUUUUGUGUGUCAUUUAGUCUUUAAAAAAAGACCCCAGAGUCUGCUUGAAAUAAAAGCGAGAAGGGAAGCUUUUUUUUGUUCUGGGAAGCGUAGGAACAAUUUCCGUUUUUUGAACUGACAGUUAAAAAAAAGACCUCAUGAGGCAUUCGCUGACUUCUUUUAAAAGGUGUUUUGUUUGUGAGCUAAAAGUGAAGCUCUACAGAGCGAACUCCAUUGCAACUUUUUUUGUUUUUCUUAGCUGCAAAAUGUCAAGCCAAACUGAACGUGCAACGGUUCAACUUGGAACUUAACAAGCUGCUAUUUAUAACACUAACUCCCCUUAUUUUUUUAAGUUGUGCAACCAGCUCUUCUUUUCUUUGUUAGGUACCAAGUAUAAAUGUGUUUGUGAGGAUGAGGAGUCAGCGCCAGCGUUGUGAUCUGGGUUUAAUUUAUUUUUUUGUGUCUGAUGGUUGAGUGAAGUCGCAGCCACACAGUGUUAAAAGCUUUCUGCCAAGAUAAAAUAGACCUUUAACUUUGGAAACUUUGGAUUUAUGUUUUUAUUAUCAAUAAGAUGGUUAUUCAUUUAAGUGACAGAUAAGUACCUUUGAAGGAAGGUUGUUUGAGGUAUUGUCAGUUAGCCAUAGAGUCGUCAUUCAGCUCAGUCCUUCUAUGGAGAAACCAGCAUGAAUACAGGUAUGGAAGCUAGUCUACUCACACAAGACGAUUGGUGUCUCAGUGAAAAGACCUCUUAUUUAUGCCUGGAUGAGGGUUUUUUGCCCUAGUGAUAAGUUGUAUGCGUAACCAACCACCUGGACUUAAUUUGCCAAAGCAUCAAUACCUUCAGCAGACCCAGGCUCCAAAUAUACAAGCUCCAAGUGGCGACAAUGUCAAUGCAACCUGCAGGUCCCUAGAUGUAAGGGACCUGUUUUGGAGCCCAGGAUUUGAGAGAGAAUACAUCUGUGAUAAAAUAAAUAGUCUUUUUUACACCAACUGUAGUGUGGUUUCCAUCCAGAUAGUAUUGCCAAAUCUAAAUGUCUUUUUAGUUUUUUGCCAGAAGCCAACUUAAACAUUCCCAUCCACUAAAAUAAUUUGUAAAUGGACUUGAGCUUGUAAAGCACUUUAUAAGAUGUCUGAACACUCAAAGCACUUUUUACACCACAGCUCACACUUUCACAUUCAUACCCAUUCACUUCACAUUACACAGGGCUGGUGCAGCGUCAGGAUUAAGAGUCUUUGCACACUGAGUUCUUAAUUUUUAGACACAUUUUUUUGUUUCAUUAACUGACCCAAAAAAUCACAUAUUCAAAUCUGGCACACAGAGUCAAAUGUAUUACAUUUUAGAUUCAUUGUAAAAAUUUAGUAUUUAGAGGCAAUACAGUCCUGUGCUGCAAUUUAAAAACAGCAGUGAAGGUGAUUUUGUGGUUCUUUAGGUCUCUGAAAAAGAAAAAAGAAACAGAGUCCAUCCACUCCUGACAGAGCCCUUCAUAUUUACUGUAGGUUAUUUGCACAAGUGCUUAUAACACAGUGCUGUGUGAAGACAGAGCAUGAGAAUGCAACUAUUCUCCUAGUCUGUUAUGUGGCUUUAUGUACAAAUGUUGGCCAUUAUCUAUGAUUUUCCAUGGUUAAAAUCCACAAAAUACCUGGGCAAAGCAUGGUGUCUGAAGUGAAGUUUCAGAGGGAGAAAGGAGCUGCAGCCACAGCUCUGAAAAGUCAGUAACCCAUUUAAAUGACUUGGACAGAUUAAAAAAAAACACCAAAAAAUCUAACGUGUUCUGAAAAAAUGACAAAAGGCAAAGAUUUUGAACAUUAGCACAACACUUGAUUGUUUUUCUUUUAUAUUGUGCAGCAGUUUUGGAUUUAAGAAGCAGACUCUGUGCAAAGGCUUUAAGGGUCUGUCCACAGCUAUUUUUAUAAGUACUUGCAGUUCUUACAACCUCAGUUUCAAAGCACUUCCCACAAGGCUAUAAAAGUGAUUUUUCAUUUUUUCAAGGAAAUAUUACCAGGAAAAUGCAAAGGAAUCCUGACAGAGAAAGCAGUUCUAGACCUGGUAGUAUUACCCUUUUAUAGACGAGUGAAAUCGUUACCAUUAUCAGAAGUCCUGCCCUAGUGGGUUUUGAUUUUCUAGUGAAGUAACAUUGACAAGUCCAGCGCUGUUCUAGAAGUUGAACUGUUUUUAACUAGGAGUGAUAUUAGCACGCCAGCAGAAACAACGGACGCCUACAGUGUUUUUUUUUUUCCACUCAGGAUACUGCUUGCUGAAUGCUUGGUUUGUCUAGAUUGCAUAAAGGUUGAUAACUUUGUCUUGGAAGCCAGAGAGAAAAUAUUUCAUAAUUGCUAGAUAUGUGCAAAAAUUCAUGAUGCACCAACUUUUCCCCUUAAAGUGCAAAAACUUUUUCUUUAUAUUUCAAUGUUUUUCCAAAUUUUCUUCCUGUCAAGUCAGGGUUUUUUGUGCAAAUUGAAGAUGCAGAUUAAAACUGGUGGAUGGAAACCCCACUUAUUACACACUGUUUACUGUUGACACCAGAUGAUACAAACAUUAUUGAAAUUAUGUGAAACAAAUGGCCUUGUUUGCUAAAUGUAUACCUGCGCUUUCAUGCCAGUACUGCUGAUAGUUCCUGGAUGAAUGGGCUGAGCUGACCUAUGGCUAAUAAUGAAUGAAAAGUACCGCACCACCUCACUUCAAAAAUAGCAAACCAUCACUUUAAUUUACAAGCUGUAAUUUUGUUAUGUUUUUUAGUUUCCUUCUGUAAUUUUCCAGGAACUUCUCGAAAAUGAUUAGAAAAUUAGCAACCUUUCAAAUGAAGUUUUAACUGUAUAACUGAGCUGCAAAAUGCAUCUAAAUAUGACCCUGCAUUAAGUGAAAUAGUUUAAUUUUCUGCAUGUCUAAGCUGUUCUUUCUCAACUUUUGGCAGAAAAUGAACUGCUGAAAGCAUCUGCCAUCCUGCAAAGUCUUAACCUUUGAAAUAUUCAUAUUUUUUUCAUUAAAAGUUGAGGCUUUCUCAGCUAGUCAAAGCCAUAAGCAUGGUUUUCAUCUUUGUACAUUUAGUACUUCAUUACUCCUGUAAAUCACUUUUCUAUGAGAUUUCUAGACACAUUUUGUAACACCCAUAUAGUUUGUUUUUGUAAAAUUAUUAGUUUAAGAGUUUCUGCAUGCAAAUUAAUGACAGGUUGAUAAGAAAUGAAUAAUUAAUAGUGUAGAAUAAGCUCUCUGUUUGAAUGCCCUUAAAAUUGCUCCCAUGCAGUAGGUUUUAGUGAGUCAUCCCCGUGCCUGCAGACACGCUUCACGCUGAAUGUUAUCUCUCUGCUAAUCAAAUCUUUAGAGAAAUCACUUGAGGAUUUUACCCACUGCCAUCAGUCCGUCCAUCUGUUCACCUCAGUCUCCCGUACAUCAGUGUUCAAAUAGAUUUAUGUCUCCAGUGUGCUAAGAGAAAGGCCAGAGGGUUUCACUCCACAGCAGGUUUCUCGACUUCUACACUUGAGAUUGCUUUUUUAAUUCUAUUUUUACAAACAGUUCUGUUAAAAAUUUUUGAGCAUGAUGAGUAAUACUGCAUUUUGGUUCUGCCAGUUUGUCAGUCAGUAAAACCAAGCAGUUUACUCUGUUUGUCUGUUUCAUUCAUCAACACCAAAGACAAUCUCUCUCCAGCUAUACCUGAACAUUAAUCGUCUCUGUUAAAGACACGGUCAAAUUUGAACUCUGUUACUCUGCUACGUUGUUCAUAGUGCACUUUUAUACAGUGCUUUCAAAUAACCCAACUACAAAACAAAGUGCCAAUGCAGAAUGUUAAACAGAUGCAGUAAGAGUUACAGGGCCAAAUACAAAAACAAAUAUGUUUUUUUAAGUCAUACUCGCCAUUAUUACAGCAUUUUUAGAAGUCAUCACACAAAGCCAUACCAGUUAGGCUGGCUACACACCAGACAAAUCAAAGCACCAUUUUGGGGUUGUGUUGCAUACCCUUCCAACAAUCUGGGCCCAAUUAAAGACUUGUCACUACUGAUUACUAGUAUAAAUAGCCCUUAAGUGCAUAGUGUCAAUACUGCUAUUUUACUGCCCUCAAUCAUGUCAGAGCCUUGCCAGUCUGUAAUUUUUAAUAACAAAAUAGGGAUAACAGAUAUUGGAUUUUUGUCGAUAUUUAAAAAUUACGUUUAGAACAUACUGAUAUCAGUACUGAUUGAUAAAGGUAGCUCAGACCUAAAAAUUCUGUCUCAGGCUUUUAAGUGUAAGGAUGAACAAAAAAAACGACUUUAACUGACAUAGGUCCAUGGUUUCUGCCUAAAACUCUAUGGCCGAUAUUUACAGCUAGUAUAUCCAAGACAGUCAGGCUGCAGAUCGCACAUCUCUGAUGGCCACUCUCACAGAUCUUUCAUCUGAGAUGGCCUCUAUCUCAGAACGGAAAUACUGAUGAACUUAAAAAAGUUGAAAACCUGACCUCCAAAACCUGGUUACAAAAGGCUUAAUAAUGCAAAGUAAACAGUCUGCUCAUUCAUGAAAACACCCUGAAGCAGCCAACGUAGCUUAUGUUACUCCGUUAGCGGAGUAAGCUAUGUAGCUAACAUAGCUCCAUAAGCUACUUAGUGAACGUAGCUAAAGAAAAGCUCACAAAUAAGCUACGUAAGAUACAUACCUACGUUCUCAGUUAAAGCUAUGUUCGUUUUUGCUAUAUUUGAUAAAGCUAACUUUGCUAAAUUGUCUUAUAUAGUAGCUUUAAUCACAAAGCUGGCAUAGCUAUGUCAGCUUUAGCUAAAGCUAACAAAGCUUACUGCCAGAUGUUGUUCAUGGAUGAAGUUGAAUUUGAAAAGAAAAAUGUAAAACUUGAAAUACCUGCAAAUUAUGGCACUUCCUUUCUGACAUAGAUGGCAUCUCAGACAAAUGGUCUGUGAGAAUGGCUGUCAGAGAUGUAUGAUCUGCAGACAGACCCUUCUCAAUAUAUCAGUUUUAAAUAUCUGCUGAAUUUUCUUUUCACUGAUACCAAUACUUUCAGUAUUUCAAUAAGUUUCAGUUAUAUGUGGAAAAAGUGGAGCCUUUUCAAAACAAUAUUUCUGUUUCCCUUUAUCACAUUUAUUUGCCUCUUAGAAAUGACUAUAUGGAUCUUUCUUUGUUUCCACACAUAAACUUCACCGUGUUAACUCUCAUGUAUCCUCAAUCAGUUGUGCUUUUAAUCAUGGUGUGCAGCUGACAGGAGAUUUUACAGGCUGAAGUUUCUGUGUUAAAAUUAUAAAGAUAAAUGUAGACCCAAGCAUUUCACUGACAAGAGAUUAUCAUGAAAAAAGAGCGAUGUGAUCAUUUUGAAAAUUAAUGCAAGACUUUAUCAUAGUAAAUAGCGUUAAUAUCCUUUCAAAAUGAGAUUUAUUCUUCACUUUUUCAUGUAAUUGUGCCCUCAUAUUAACGAUAAACUAAAGAUAAUUUCUCAUAGCUUUUUUACCCUCAGCAAGAAGAAUUAAAGUGUUUUAUUACUGUGCAUUGCUGUAACUUAAAAUUAGAAGUGGUGCGUGUUAGUUUGACUUCAGAAGAGAUCAUAGUGUGAUGCCAUCAUGUGACUUAUGUGUGAGCGAGUCUAAAAGUGAGUCUUCUCUUGACAUUUUUUAAUUUGAAAAAUGUGGCAUACAUUAUUAGCUUAAGUGCUGUCAUAACUUUAACAGCAUCUUCAAACAGGCAAGUGCUGCUUCUAGAAACAGAAACACACUCAUAGGGCAUUCAUCUUUAACAUGCAUUACAUAGCAGAUUUUUCCAUGACAGCCAUUAAAGGGACACUCUGGCUAUUUUGAAAUACCACGGGACAGUGAAUUGCCACCCAACCUUAGCAUGGAGUCAAAAUGUCUUUUGUGCAUAUUCAGAGGAUCAUGACGUUAAAAAUUGGUUUAAAUUGAGCUUAUCCUGGUAGUCCUUGGAAGUGUUUAAGAUUCAAAAUUGUCUUGUGUGUUGCCAGCCUGAAAUAACAAAUGUAAAAACCUGAAUUAUCCUUCAAGGGUGUUAUGAGUUUUCCAGCACCAUUUAUAAGGGAGUUACAAAACUUAAACUGUAGGCAUCUGCGAGUGAAAACAUUCCUGAUUUAAGCCCAUGUUUACACUCUCCACAGUCAUUUUUCUCUGACUUCUUUUUGUACUUCUCUUUAUUAACUAUUUUCAUUCACAUCUAUUAGGAAAGUUUGAAAUAAGGUGUUUUUAUGAGCGAGUCUAUGUGGCCAGAGAUGACUUCCCCAAGCUAUCAAAUUGCAGAUAUUUAUUUAGUAUAGCAUCAUGCAGUUUUCUGCUGGUAUGGUGAAAAUCGUGAAUUACAAUGGGGAAUCUGACAGCAGUUAUCAAGCCUGCAACCUACCAAGCUUUAUGAAAGUUUGUUUCAUACUCCAUAUGUGAUAAAAGGUGGUUAACUUCUUCUCAUUGGUAGAGAAGAAAGCAGUGACACAGUAAAGAUGCUGAUAUGGAUCGCAGACAGGGGGACAGCUUCUUAAAAUGAACAAAAAGCCUGAAUUUGAUUGUUUGAAUUGACAUGUGGGGAAUGGAUUUUGGUUUCCUACAGUGCAGAAACUAACCCAGCAGGAUGCAGGAGUUAUCUAUACUGCAGUAGCUAAAUGGAGCCACAGAAAUCAUCACCCUAAAUGUUUUUACUGUGCCGAAAUAACAGAUAAAAACCAAAUGAUUGCUCUCUUUUAAAAAAAAGUUUAAUCUGUUAUCUAUUUAAGCUUCAAAAUGUCAGCCUGCUGAUUUCUUCAUCCUUGUAUCUCCUCACCUUGACUCAAAUCUCGACUAAACGUUGAUGUAAACUGACAAAAAUAUUGUUAUGCAAACCCAAAGCUAAGCCUCUACAUUUUCAUCCAUUGUCACAGAUUUUUGUUUGGUUUGUUUUCUGCCGUCUGUAUUUCAGGCAGGCGUGCUUGAACACUACGAUUCAUGUCAGAUGGAUUCUUUGACAUCCUUCAGAUUUCACCAUAGUUAACGCCAAUCUCAACCCAGAGCAUGUUGUGUUUUGAGUUUUUGUUUUGUGCGUUUAAGAUUGAACUGGAAGAAACUGCAAACAGCAUGCCAAAGUGUUCACCUGUCACUCCAUUUAAAUGGGAUUUUGGGGGUUUUGAUUGGCUCUUUCACUGCCUAAACACAACAUCAAAGUUGGUUAAAUAUAUCUCUAUAAAGCAGUAGAAUAAUGUGCCAAAUGAGGCUUCCACUUUUGUUUUGAAACACGCUUUAGCUGCCAUAUGAUGAUGACGUUUUUUAUUUUCUCUGUAUGAAAACACAAAAUUAAACAGUUUUGGAUUUUAUAAUGUUUUCAGCUCUGUUGAAGGGAUUUAUUGUCUUGCACACUUGGUGCCAUGUUUGAAUUGAUUUACAGUGUACUGAUUUGUUUGCUUCAUCACAUAAUGUACACAAAUCUAUUUUCUUUCUGUAUGCUUUGACUUUUCCCCGCUGAAUAAUUUCCCCUCUGUGAUCUAUGCAAAUCAUGCUCUGGUGUCCCCCCCUCCCCCUGUUAGAGGCUGAAAGAUGAUGCUGAUUGAUUAUAUGUGUAAAUACUGUAAAACAUGAUGGAUGGGAAAAAUGCAGAGGUAUGUGUAAUAACCAACAGGACAGAAUGAAAAAUCAUGCUAAAAGUAAUGAUGAAUGUUGCCAGAAAUAUUUUUCUAUAUUUUGAAAUCAUUAGAAAAAAGGACAGAAAUACCAAGUGGAAAAAGCUGUCAGAAGAACACUACAAAGGGAAUGUUUUUAUUAAUUUAUAAAUUCUUUGCCUAGCAA